GACACUCGGACACGCGUCGUCGACGGUCGGCGCGUCGUCAUGGCGAGCGAGAGCAGCGAGAGCGAGGACGACGGGUUGCGACGACGGGCGCUCGCGGUGGACGGCGAACCGGACUAUUCCACCGGGCCGCCCAUGGAUGGUUUUGAGUAUCUCAGGCGGGUGGCGUUCGAGGCGAGACAAACACCGGACAUCAUGCGGGCGGAAAAUAUGGAUUUGACCGCUCUGGAGGAAGAGACGGCGACGAGCGGCGGCGUAACGGCGGACGAGGAGACCGAGUUCGCGCCGCCGGCGUGGGCGAAACCCGAUCGCGCGUGGGUGAGAAGGACGGUGGGUGAUUUUAGUGAUUUGAGGGUACGAUUAUCACGGAUAUUAGCGCGCUUUCCGACAAGCGUGAGACGCGGAUCCUAUCCAUCGAACGCCGAUAAACGCGACUGGGAAAGAUUUUGCGUUGACGUUCGCGAGCCUCCACUCGGGGCCCUCGUCGCCAUGGACGCCGUGACGUGUGCGUAUUUACUACGACAUAUCUCACGCGGAUUGUUCAGAUACGACUACGACAGCGACGGCGUGGAUGUCGACGACGUCAUCAGACGUUUGCGGUGGUUUCACGCCCUCGUCGCGCGCGUCGAUCUUCCGCUAGAUGCCGACACCGAAGCGUCGAUACGAUCGGCGAUGAAAGGUGUGGCUCGAGGUAGGCUGUCGACUUCAUCUGAGGACGACGAGCUGCUGCCGCACUUGAAUUUAGCCAUCGCAAUAGGGGGAGGGUAUUUCAAACAGUGGCGCGGUGAGUAA